GUGAGUUGCGUAAUGCGAGAGAGUGACGAAGCGCCUAUCAUUGUGAGGUCAACGCGUUAGAUUCGCGGGUCGAUUUCGAAAUUCAAAUUGUGACCACCUAACUCCAUCUGCUGUGACUGACCAUCGCCCGCCCCUCCGCAAGCUCAAGGCUCUCUGUCGACACGACAAUGCCGCUCAUCUGUGAAGUUUGCGCAAAGGUGAUAACUACAGAAAAAGGACUUCGUGUCCAUCUCAGAACCCACACAGGAGAAAAGCCUUUUGAGUGUGCAAUGUGCAACAAGAAAUUCACCGAUAGUGGAAAUUUGCAUGUUCAUCUCCGAACGCACACAGGAGAAAAGCCUUUUGAAUGUACAGUGUGCAGCAAGAAAUGUUCAGAAGCUGGGAAGUUGCGUCUUCAUCUCCGAACGCACACAGGAGUAAAGCCUUUUGAAUGUACAGUGUGCAGCAAGAAAUGUUCACAGGCUGGGGAGUUGCGUCGUCAUCUCCGAACGCACACCGGAGAAAAGCCUUUUGAAUGUACAGUGUGCAGCAAGAAAUGUUCACAGGCUGGGGAGUUGCGUCGUCAUCUCCGAACGCACACCGGAGAAAAGCCUUUUGAAUGUACAGUGUGCAGCAAGAAAUUUUCGAAUAGUGGGAAUUUGCGUCGUCAUCUCCGAACGCACACAGGAGAAAAACCUUUUGAAUGUACAGUGUGCAACAAGAAAUUCGCCGUUAGUGGGGAUUUGCGUGUUCAUCUCCGAACGCACACAGGGGAGAAGCCUUUUGAAUGUACCGUGUGCAACAAGAAAUUUUCACGGGCUGAGGAGUUGCGUCGUCAUCUCCGAACGCACACAGGGGAAAAGCCUUUUGAAUGUACAUUAUGCAACAAGAAAUUUUCAACAAGUGUGUAUUUGCGAGGCCAUCUCCGAACCCACUGAAGAGUAGAGCCUUUAUGAGUACAGUGUCCGCUUUGUACCGUUAGUAAUUCUUAGACCUACCUAGGUCUUACAUCUUUGAACUCACAUAUUAAAAAACUACUUGAUUGUACUGAAUGCAAGAAAAAGCUUAUUUUCAGCACAACUUCUUGUCCAAUCGAGAUGAUUUGUGGACACU